UGACGUUCUGACGUCACGUUGUGUCGAUGUGUCCUCGGUGAGUCUUGAGGCUGCAGCGGUUAUAGGAAAACGUCCGUUUAUCGAUGUAAAGUCGGUAGAAAUAAUCGGCUCAUGUGACUGUUAUUUAUCGGUAACACUGGGAAACGGCAGAGUUUGAUUCCGUUAUGGAGGACAUAUAUGUCACUGCAGGUAACCAGGAGAGGGGCUGGAAUGAUCCCCCUCAGUUCUCCUACAGAUUCCAGGUGGCUCAGAGCCCGCAGAGGAACCUCCUUACCCGCAGAGCGGCUCCACCGGGGGCUCCAGCUCCGCCUCCAGGUCAAGCAGCACCGCCUCUUCCACCGCGUGGCUUCAUUUCACAUCCCCCGCAGGAUCCAAGGCUGCCUCACAAGAACAUUGAGGGCAGCCAAUUAGAGAGCGAGCCAGACCUGGAGGGUGUGGUUUUGGUGCUGAAUCGAGCUCUUGAAGCAUGUCGGCAGUUGACAGAGGACCAGGUCUGCAAGGAUGUGGCAAAGAGGCUUCGCCUACUGGAGGACAGUUGGAAGUCGGGAAGACUCUCUGUGCCGGUCAGGCGGCGCAUGAACGUCCUGGCAAAGGAGCUGCAGUCUGGGCAGUGGGACUCGGCCGAUGAAAUCCAUCGCUCGCUGAUGGUUGACCAUGUGACUGAGGUCAGCCAGUGGAUGGUUGGUGUCAAACGGCUCAUCGCUGAGACACGCAGGUUAAACCCAGAGCUCUUAAACCCACUCCAGAAUCCUGCGGACUGUGCAGAACCAGCUCAGGACCAGAAUCCUGCGGACUGUGCAGAACCAGCUCAGGACCAGAAUCCUGCAGACUGUGCAGAACCAGCUCAGGACCAGAAUCCUGCAGACUGUGCAGAACCAGCCCAGGGCCCUGCUGUCCAGGCCUGAUUUUGCUCAGCACGUGGCCUCAGCAGCUUUCUUCACCUUUCAUCUUUGAACUAAAGGAGUCAACUUUGCUCACACUUCAGUCCAUAGGUCAAGGGUCAGAGGUCCCAGAGCAGUUAGAGGUUCAGGUGUUUCUUCAGCAGGGAUGGACUUCAGACUCGGCUGAGGUCUCAGGUGUUUGGACUCAGAUGAUGCUUUGAUGUCAGACCUCAAGAGACCAUCUGGACCCUCUGUUGACAGUCAAUUAACUCCUUCAAAUUGUCAUCCGUCAGCAAAACAAACUCAAGCAUGUGUAGCUAAACGCUGCCCCCACUAGUGGGCAGGGUUCACAGAGUGCAAUGGUACCAAACGUAUGGAACCAAAUUGCACUCUAAAUGGAACAUUGGGUUGAAUGGCCCAUGUCACGUGACAUACAAAGCACCAAUCAAAUGAUAAGGAUCCACUCAACUGUUAUAUAACAAUAAAUACUAAAUACUACCAGUACCAAAAAAUAAUAAAAAAAAAUGAUGACUUGCUCUUCAGUGUAAUAGCUGCAGGAACAAAACUGUUUUUCGGUGGAUUUGUUCUACACCCAGUAAUUUUGAACCUGCAUCCAGCUGAAACUCAUUGUGCAGUGGACAGGCUGAACUGGUUCUCCAUUUAAGCUAUUUUGUAUCCAAAGUCUCCAAGCUGACCAGCAGCUCACCAAUCAGCCUGCCGGACCACUUAGCACUUAAAGAACUCCUGUUCUUCUGUCGUCAGGACCGGGGCCUCAUGUACAAAGAGACCUGUGUGGAUUUGAAUCCUACUGAAAUGCGGUGUCCACCAAAACCCAGAAACUGGUGUUAGCACAAAAAUAUCCAGAUGUAUCAAAGUGUGCUUACACAUGGAUCCAGGCACAUUCCAUGAACAUUGAAUUGAGCGCAUCUGCAGUCAUUCCAAGCUCCUCCUUUUCCAUGCCCUAUUUAAAUAUGCAAAUCCAUGUGAGGCCAUAAAUGCUGUGAGCUCAGAGCAAUGCGCACACAGAAGUUAAGAAUGUGAGGUGCACCGCGGCUGACGGUGUGUUACAUUCACAACUUUACACACGUGUUUCUUGACAAAUACUGAACACAGGGAGACAAUCGGAGCCUGUUAAGAAUCUGCAGCUCUAGUUUCACCAUCAAGAAAAAGAAAAUGCAUUAAUAACAACAAAAAACAUACUUGAAUGCGCAUGUGUCCAAUGUGCCCGUGCUGAUUUUCAUUCAGAACAAUUAAUGAAUAAAACUAUUUACUCACCUUAGUAUUUCUUCUGUUUUUCUUGUUGCUUAAUGCUGAUAAAUUAUACUGUAUUUGUUGUUUUGCUGCUGCCUGAUUCUGUUUUUUUU